UAGCAGGCUGACUGCACUGUCUGAAAGCCAUGAGUAUAGCCUUCAGGAUUAUCAUGACGCCACGGGUGUCAAAGCCAUGGUGAUCGAUGAUGGGGCAAAGAUUAGCAGUUUGGAUCAAACAUAGACUAGAUAGGCCGUAUUGCAAUGGAGUCAACAGUGCCUGCGCAGGGGCCAGGAGAUGAACAGGCCUCGGUCAGGAUUCCAGUUGGUAGGGCCACAGCCUGGGAAUUGGAUGCUGAGACAGCGGCCAACAUUGAAAGCGAUUUGGCCAUUCUCAGCGAUACAUUUGGACUCUGUGCUCGAGCACAGAUAGGUACGCGGGGCAUGGAGUCGAUCGUGCUGACUGGGCCGCCCAGGGCCAUUGCCAAAGCUCGCCCAGAAGUUGGGCGAAUCCUGAAUUUCUAUCGGCAAGGCAAACGGCCAGAUCAACCCGCAGAAGGCAUGGCUACAUCUGAUUCAGUCAGCGCAGAGACUCAUGCCGCUGCAGGUUCCACGGCGCUUCAGCUUCCUGCUCACGUGAAAGAUCUUCGACAGUUCCAAUAUCAUGAUCACACAGCUGACAUCAUUGUCCAUGCGUGGGGUUCGGCGAUGCCGGAAGCGUUCGCUCAGGUAUGUGUUGGAAUGUUCAACUACAUGACUCCCCUGGACAAAGUACAGUUUGUCCGCUCAGUUGAUGUUGAGGCAACGGGACAUGAUAUGCUGGAUCUACUGUAUCACUUGCUGGAUGAAUUCCUCUAUGUCUUCUCAACAGAGCUGCAUAUCAGCAGAUGUAUCGAGAUCCUUUCUUUUGAUGCGGACAAGCUAACUAUUCGCGCAAGAGGCUACGGCGAAAAGAUGGAUUUAGCAAAGCACGAGCAGGGCACAGAAAUCAAGGCAAUCACCAUGCACAUGAUGAAGAUCCUCGAUCCAGAGACCGUGCUGACGGAAGAUGGCAAAUCUGCCAGGCAGUUAUCUGAGACAGACACUGCGUCGGAGUUCCCCUACGAAGUCUAUGUGUUGCUGGACAUUUGACAGAUGCUGCUCACCGGUGCCAAACCUUGCCAAAGAUGCAAGAAUGCAAUUGAUAG